AUGGCGGGACCUGGGGGUUGGAGGGACAAGGAGGUCACGGAUCUGGGCCACUUGCCGGAUCCAACUGGAAUAUUCUCACUGGAUAAAACCAUUGGCCUUGGUACUUACGGCAGAAUCUAUUUGGGACUCCAUGAAAAGACUGGUGCAUUUACAGCUGUUAAAGUGAUGAAUGCUCGUAAGACUCCUUUACCUGAAAUAGGGAGGCGAGUGAGAGUGAAUAAAUAUCAAAAGUCUGUCGGGUGGAGAUACAGUGAUGAAGAGGAGGAUCUCAGGACUGAACUCAACCUUUUAAAGAAGUACUCUUUCCACAAGAACAUUGUGUCCUUCUACGGUGCAUUUUUCAAGCUGAGUCCCCCUGGCCAGAGACACCAACUUUGGAUGGUGAUGGAGUUAUGCGCAGCAGGCUCAGUCACUGAUGUAGUGAGAAUGACCAGAAAUCAGAGUUUGAAAGAAGAUUGGAUUGCUUACAUCUCCCGAGAAAUCCUCCAGGGCUUAGCUCAUCUUCAUGCACACCGUGUAAUUCACCGGGACAUCAAAGGUCAGAAUGUGCUACUGACUCAUAAUGCUGAAGUAAAACUAGUGGAUUUUGGAGUGAGUGCCCAGGUGAGCAGAACUAAUGGGAGGAGAAAUAGCUUCAUUGGCACACCAUACUGGAUGGCACCUGAGGUGAUUGACUGUGACGAGGACCCCAGACGCUCCUAUGAUUACAGAAGUGAUGUGUGGUCCGUGGGAAUCACUGCUAUUGAAAUGGCUGAAGGGGCUCCUCCCCUGUGUAACCUUCAGCCUUUGGAAGCCCUAUUUGUUAUUUUGCGAGAAUCUGCUCCCAAAGUCAAAUCCAGCGGAUGGUCCCGCAAGUUCCAUAAUUUCAUGGAAAAGUGCAUGAUAAAAAAUUUCCUAUUUCGUCCUACUUCGGCAAACAUGCUUCAUCACCCAUUUGUUCGGAAUAUAAAAAAUGAAGGACAUGUUGUUGAGUCAUUAAAGAAGCAUCUUACUGGAAUCAUUAAAAAGAGACAGAAAAAAGGAAUACCUCUGAUCUUUGAAAGAGAAGAAGCUGUUAAGGAGCAGUAUACCAUGAGAAGAUUCAGGGGACCUUCUUGUACUCAUGAGCUUCUGAGAUUGCCUACCAGCAGUCGAUGCAGACCACUUAGAGUCCUACAUGGAGAACCCUCUCAGCCAAGGUGGUUACCUGAUCGAGAAGAGCCACAGGUUCGGGCACUUCAACAUCUCCAGGGAGCAGCCAGGGUGUUCAUGCCACUACAGGCCCAGGGCAGUGCACCUAGGCCUCUACAGGGGCAAACCCAGGCACCUCAGCGACUACAGGGGGCAGCUCGGGUGUUUAUGCCACUACAGGCUCAGGUUAAGGCUAAGGCAUCUAGGCCCCUACAGAUGCAGAUUAAGGCACCUCCACGACUACGGAGGACGGCCUGGGUGCUUAUGCCACUACAGACUCAGGUUAAAGCUCCUAGGCCUCUACAGGCACCAGCCCAGGUACUCAAAGAGCAGCAGGCUCAGGCCCAGCCUCAGGCAUCAGGAGAGCUGCAGGAUCUGGACCAGGUACCAGAGGAAUUUCAGGGGCAAGAUCAGGUGCCUGAACAACAGCAAAGGCAGGGCCAGAUCCCUGAACAACAGCAGAGGCAGAACCAGGUACCUGAACAGCAGCUGGAGCAGAACGGGGCACCCCAACAGCCAGAGGUACAGGAACAGGCUGCUGUGCCUACACAGGUGAGGACAGAGGCAGAGGAAUCUGAGUCAUUACGAGUACAUGCCCAGGUGUUCCUGCCCCUGCUGUCACAAAACCACCACGUGCUGUUGCCACUACAUUUGGAUACUCAGGUGCUCAUUCCAGUAGAGGGGCAAACUGAAGGGUCACCUCAAGCACAAGCCUGGGCACUAGAGCCCACGCAGGCAGUUGGCUCUGUUCAAGCACUGAUAGAGGGACUAUCAAGAGACUUACUUCAAGCACCAAACUCACAUAACUCAAAGCCGCUUGGUCCACUGCAAACCCUGAUGGAAAACCUGUCAUCAGACGUGUUUUACUCUCAACCAGAACAAGCACGGAAGAAAAAAUCAAAAGUUUCUAGUCUAAGGCAGGCAUUGGCAAAAAGGCUAUCACCAAAGAGGUUCCGGGCAAAGUUGUCACGGAGACCUGAAGAGUUUGAGCUCUCAGAUUUAGAAGCCCGCAGGCGAAGGCGCCAACGCAGAUGGGAGGAUAUCUUUAAUCAGCAUGAGGAAGAAUUGAGACAAGUUGCAAAUGAAAAAGAAGACGAAUCAUCAGAUAAUGAUGAAGUAUUUCAUUCUAUUCAGGCUGAAGUCCAAAUAGAACCAUUGCAGCCAUACAUUCCAAAUCCUAAAGAAAAUGAGGUCCAGGAGAGAUCUACUUCUAUGCCUUACAACCAGGAUCGUGUACACCGUGUCAAGUUCUCUUCAAGUGUUCCUCAGCGGUCUCUUUUGGAACAAGCUCAGAAGCCCAUUGACAUCAGACAAAGAAGUUCGCAAAAUCCUCAGAAUUGCCCAGCAGCAUCAGAAUCUUCUUCUGAGGAAGAGAGUCCGGUGACAAGGAGGAGGUCCCAGUCAUCACCACCUUAUUCUACUAUUGAUCAGAGGUUGUUGGUUGACAUCCAUGUUCCAGAUGGAUUUAAAGUAGGAAAAAUAUCACCCCCCGUUUACUUGACAAAUGAAUGGGUAGGCUAUAAUGCACUCUCUGAAAUCUUCCGGAAUGAUUGGUUAACUCCUGCACCUGUCAUUCAGCCACCUGAAGAGGAUGGUGAUUAUGUUGAACUCUAUGAUGCUGGUGCUGUUACUGAUGGUGAUGAUGAUGAUUCUAAUGAUGCUUAUGAAGAUACUUAUGACCAUGACAAUGGCAGUGAUGAGGUGGAUAACCAGAUUGAUCAGGCUAAUGAUGUUGGUGAAGACCAUGGUGAUGAUGACAAUGAUGAGGUUGUUAACAAAGGCAAUAAUCAUGAUGAUGCUCCUUGUUGGCCAAGGCUAAGCUGUGGCAGAGGUGGAAGCUACAAGCAAGAUGGUAAAGAUGGAAGUGAUGGAGGAGAAGGAACUUUCAGCAGCAAUGGAAGCCAGAGAGCUAGUGGAAGCCACGGAGGAAGCACAGCCAGUGGGGACAGUGCAGCCACUGGAGAUCAUGAAGGACAUAGAGCCAAUACAGGCAGUGGAAGAAGAGGCAAAGAGGGUAAUGGAAAUGAGGGAGUCAGUGGAACCAGUGAAAAGAGAGAAGCCCUUGAACUCAAUGGAGAAGAAAAUUGCUCAGAGACAGAAGAUCCAGUAUUGGAGAGACCAGCAUCCCAUGAAUUUCAACAUCAACCAGAGGAGUUGGGUGGUAGACGUGAGGCCUCAAAUGCCAUUGCCUCAGGCCCUGCACCUGCAGGACCUGAUGAUGAAAAUGACACUAUGGACAUAUCAGAAGUAUCAGCAGAAUCAGGUUUUUCUGCCAGCCACUCAUCUCCUUCCAACGGUUCUGAAAGGGCUACAAAUGCUGACUUUGCCAGUGCCAUCUUAUAUGCUGGAUUAGUGGAAGUACCUGAGAAAUCAUCUAAGCGACCCUCUGAAGUCAAUGUUAACCCACUAUAUGCCUCUCCUGAAUGUAAAAAACCACUAAUCCAUAUGUAUGAAAAGGAAUUCACUUCUGAGAUCUGCUGUGGGUCUUUGUGGGGAGUGAAUUUGCUGUUGGGAACUCGAUCGAAUCUAUAUCUGAUGGACAGAAGCGGAAAGGCAGACAUUACUAAACUUAUAAAACGAAGACCAUUCCGUCAAAUUCAAGUUGUAGAGCCACUCAAUUUGCUGAUUACCAUCUCCGGUCGGAAGAACAGACUUCGGGUGUAUCAUUUGACCUGGCUGAGAAACAAGAUUUUGAAUGAUGAUCCAGAAAGUAAAAGAAGACAAGAGGAAAUGCUCAAGACAGAGGAAGCCUGCAAAGCUAUUGAUAAGUUGACAGGCUGUGAGCAUUUCAGUGUCCUCCAACAUGAAGAAACAACAUAUAUUGCAAUUGCUUUGAAAUCAUCAGUUCACCUGUAUGCAUGGGCACCAAAGUCCUUUGAUGAAAGCACUGCCAUUAAAGUGAUGUGCAUUGAUCAAUCAGCAGACUCCGAAGGAGACUACAUGUCCUACGAAGCCUAUAUACGAAUACUGGCAAAAAUACAGGCAGCUGAUCCAGCAAACCGGUUUAAGAGACCAGAUGAGCUCCUUCAUUUGCUGAAGCUCAAGGUGUUUCCAACACUUGGUCAUAAGCCAGUGACAGUUGACCUGGCUAUUGGUUCUGAAAAGAGACUAAAGAUUUUCUUCAGCUCAGCAGAUGGAUAUCACAUCAUUGAUGCAGAAUCUGAGGUUAUGUCUGAUGUGAUCCUGCCAAAUAACCCCCUGGAAAUCAUUAUACCACAGAAUAUCAUCAUUUUACCUGAUUCCUUGGGAAUUGGAAUGAUGCUCACCUUCAAUGCUGAAGCCCUUUCCAUGGAAGCAAAUGAACAACUCUUCAAGAAGAUCCUUGAAGUGUGGAAAGACAUACCAUCUUCAGUAGCUUAUGAGUGCUCACAGCGAACCACAGGAUGGGGCCAAAAGGCCAUUGAAGUCCGCUCUUUUCAGUCAAGAGUUCUGGAAAGUGAACUGAAGCGCAGGUCAAUUAAGAAGCUGAGAUUUCUGUGUACCCGAGGUGACAAGCUGUUCUUUACCUCUAUCCUGCGCAAUCGCCACAGCCGGGUUUAUUUCAUGACCCUUGGAAAACUUGAAGAGCUCCAAAGCAAUUAUGGUGUUUAA